AUGCACCAAGAACAGUUCGUGUACUCGGCGACCGUGGACGUCCAGCAGUACGUUGGCCCGUACAGGUUGGAGAAGACUCUGGGCAAAGGACAAACAGGUUUAGUGAAGCUCGGCAUUCAUUGCGUCACCGGGAGAAAUGUAGCAAUAAAAAUAAUUAACCGGGAGAAGCUGAGCGAGUCGGUGUUAUUAAAGGUGGAAAGGGAGAUUGCUAUAAUGAAACUCAUAGACCACCCGCACGUGUUGGGCUUGUCAGACGUCUACGAAAACAAGCGAUACCUAUACUUGAUACUGGAACACGUGUCCGGAGGCGAACUUUUUGACUACUUGGUUAAAAAAGGGAGGCUGACGCCCAAAGAAGCUAGAAGAUUUUUUCGACAAAUCAUCUCUGCGUUAGACUUUUGCCACAGUCAUUUAAUAUGCCACAGAGAUUUGAAACCGGAAAACUUGUUGCUAGACGAAAAGACCAACAUCAAAAUCGCUGACUUCGGUAUGGCGUCCUUGCAGCCCAACGGCAGCAUGCUCGAGACCAGUUGUGGUUCUCCGCACUACGCUUGCCCUGAAGUCAUCCGAGGCGAGAAAUACGACGGGCGGAAAGCGGACGUUUGGUCGUGUGGUGUAAUACUGUACGCACUGCUUGUCGGCGCGCUGCCAUUCGACGACGACAACUUGCGCCAACUGUUGGAAAAGGUGAAAAAGGGCGUUUUCCACAUACCGCAUUUCGUGCCACCGGAUUGUCAAAACUUGCUCCGAGGCAUGAUCGAAGUCAACCCGGAAAAACGGUUAACCUUGAAAGACAUAAACAAACACUCGUGGGUUAUCGCCGGAGGUAAAGGAGAAGUGCACUUAGGAAUGUCAAUGAUAGACGUCAUACAAACCCACAUAAUUCCGUCCUCAAAUGACUUAGACACCGACGUUCUUCAAGCCAUAUCAAGUUUAGGCUGUUUCAAAGACCGAGAAAAACUCACCGCCGCUUUGUUGAGUGUCGAUCAUAACACUGAAAAAGUGAUAUAUUUCCUAUUGCUCGAGCGCAAAAAACGACGACCGGCUAAUGAGGACGACACAGUUGCAGUAAAAAACACCAAAAACAGCUUCGAUCCUCCGAAAAAGCGAGUUGAUACGUGUAAAAUGAUCGACGACAUCGAUAGUAAUUUUUCUCAGAUCAGUGCUGGAUCUCCUGCUACACCUCGAAAACAAAUGUUGCAAAAUCGCAUCUACUACAGGAGAGGAAGUUACAACAAUGUAAGUUCUGCGGGCGGCAACAUGUGCAGCGGUUCGAGCUUAGCCAGUUCUUCGACCUUAGCUGGUAUAUUAUCACCCCUUCCCCAAAGGUCAAACAACUCAAACUAUCGUUACCACAAUCACCACAAGAGCCAGCAGUCGAAGAACUCAUCGAUUUCCCCUCACGGCAAUUACAUUUCAGCGCACAACCAGACGUUGGACACGAACAGCUCGUGCUCGGCAGCCGUACCCCCGUCGCCCGUGCACCACGCGAAGCAGGCAAAAGUCGAAGUGCCUUCGUCUCCUAACCACAUGGUCAUCUGCACGCCCCCGGGGUCGCCUCAACACCUGUCUAACCAUUGGAAAUCGAGACUUACGUCGAUACGCAAUAGCGUACUGGGGUCGCCGAAAUUCCACAGGCGUAAACCUCAAAUGGACAUGGACACGCCGUAUAAACCUACACCUGAAUCUUCACCGGAACUAACGAAAAAAUCGUGGUUCGGAAGUUUAAUGGCUUCUGAAAAAGACGAGACGUUCACUAUUUUGAUAACAGGAAAACCUUUAUCCACUGUAAAGGCUGACUUAAUCCACGCUUUGCUUUCGAUUUCCGAGUUGAGCCACACCGUAAUUAAUGCGCUGUCGUUCCGGGUUGAAUACAGACGUGGAUCCGGCGGCACGGCCAUGUUUCAGAGGCAAGUGCGAUUUCAAAUUGAUUUAUCGGACGUCACGAACACGCAUUCUCCCAGGGACUAUUUAUUCGCCAUCAUAUUCACGUUGCACUCCGGUAAUAUAAGACGUUUCCGGAGGGUCUGCGAACACAUUCAGACGCAAAUGUGCGCGCGGAAAGCUCCAUCAUCGCCCCGGGCUACUAGAAAGUUUAACACGGACUUAUCGGAAAGCUCGAGUUGUGGAUCAGACACGUCCGAGAGAUUAUCGCCAUACGUAAAUAUAAGAAACAUCGAAUCGGACAGAGACGACAAGAAUAAGAGACUGAUCAGCCACCAGGACGGCAAAGGCGGUUACUGCAUCCCCAACAGCCGGCAAAGGCGGCGGAGUUCGAGCCUGGCCAACAACAACAACUUCAACGGCAGCAACAACAAUCCCAUGGCCAACGCGGCGGCCGCAGCCAACGGUCGCAACGAGGCGCCGCCGCCGACGAGAUCUAACAGCGAGACGAAACCGGCCGACGGCGCCUACAUAUCGGUGUCGGGAUCGAUGUCUUGA